UCCAAAUGAAGAACCGGCGUCUGCGCCAGGUGCGAUGAGCAUGUACGCUACCUACCUCCGGUUCAUCGCACAAGUAUGGCGUAUGAUAGUUUCGCAACCACAUGCUCUCCUCGUGGUUGGUCAAUGAGGAUUCCAAUUCCUGUUCUUCGGGAAGCUUGUAGACCAUCUUCAGACUGAACGGCAUGAACAUGAACACGAAGGUGGAAUUUGCUGUCAAUUUUGAAGACAGCCAAUGUGAAAACAAGGUGAAAGAUUCCCUGCACUCUUUGGAUGGAGUUCACAGUGUAAAAUGUUCUAUUGAAAAAAAGCUUGUUUUGGUUGAGACCUCACUUCCAGCUGAAGACAUACGCAGUGCCAUAGAGGCAACAGGGAAGACAGCAGUUGUCAUUGGCAUUGGUGAUGUGUUCAACCUUGAGAGGAAGAAAUCAGAUGGAUCCAUGAGUUUAAAGCAGAGGCGAACUGGAGACUUGGGAGAGGUAGUUGCUGAUGACCAUGGCAGAGCAACUUUCAAGCUUCGAGAUGAGAUUGUCAAAGUGUCGGACAUCAUUGGGAGAGCCAUUCUUGUUACCGGAGCACCUGCUACCCCUCAAAAAAGGUUGGGAUGUGGAAUUGUCGCAAGGUCGGCUGGUCUGUUUGAGAAUCCAAAGAGGAUCUGUGAAUGUGAUGGUGUCCCCAUCUGGGAUGAAAGGAACAAACCUCUUGCUGGGGCCGGCAGGAGAGAUAACUAAAUGUAAUCUCAUUAUUUUUCUUGUCAAUUCAUCCCUGUGAGACUUUUCAGACUUUUUCCCCACUAUGUCCUAUCAAGGAUCACUCUGCAUCCUGUGAUGUAUGCACUAUGUUGCUAUUCAUUGUCAAUUUGUGAGGUGUAAUAAAGUUUUGUGAUAUGUUACAGUCAUA